CUUGAGUGUAUGUGCAAUUUGCUUUUCUUGGUUAUACCUCUAUUUUCCUCAGCUUCUUUUUUAUCUGUUCUCACUUUCCCUCUUCAAAAUGCUACUUUUGAAUUAUCUUAAAUUGUUAGAUUUCGAUUACUCCAAAAGGCUCGCUGAUCUAACCUUAAAGGAAAAGAGAAUAUCCAAAAGGAUCACCAAGAUCUCUAGAAAUUUAGAGCCAAAUUUGCUAGCAAUAUUUCUAAUAAAUCUCUUUGCAAUCAUAUUUAUUCAACUCAUUUUAUUCUACAAUAUUGGAAACUCAAAUAAAUUCAAUAAUCAAAUUAUCUCUUACCAGGAAUUUUUAGAAUCUUCUGUUGACAAUGAGAUCAUCGAUUAUGAAGACAAUUAUAAUGACAAUCAUAACUAUAACCACGAUGAAAGUUAUGAAAUCAAUUAUGAGACUAGCAUUGAUUUAACUUUUAAUAAAAAUUUAGAAAUUUAUGAAAAUUUGAAAUCAAUAAUUUUCAAAAUCAAUGAAAUUAUUAAAUUAAAUGAUAUUAUCUUUAAAUCCAUUAAUAUCUUUCUAAAAUUUAUUAAAUUUUAUUUUUUCUUAAUUUUUUUAGUUAAAUUUUCAGUUAUAAUAAAAGAAUUGAAUACAAAUGACAAUGAUAAUUGUGAAACUAAUGAUGAUGAAAAAUUUCUUGAUCCAACCCCUGAUUUCGAAAGUUCCAACAAUUCUAACACUAAUAACAGUCUUCAUGGGAAAAGCUUGAUAUUAAAACUAUUCAUACGAUUUUUAAAAACUUUAAUAAUAAUUGAGUUAUUAAUAUUAUUCAACAAUAUCUUUGAAUAUUAUCAUUACAAUUCAACUGGUUUGAUCUAUUUCAUAGAUAACUCAAAUCCUAUAAAUCCUAUAAAUUCAAAUGAUAUAAAUAACACUGAUGAUAAUAGUCUCAACGAUAGCUUAUUUCAAAAUAAAUUCAUUAAACUUAAAUUCACUAAUAAUUUCAAUUACGAUACAAGUUUAGGUGGUAUUAUUAACAUCAACGAUAUUAGUGAUAUAAAUAGAGAUAUAAUAUCUGAAAUAAUAUGUUCAAUCGAUGAGUCAAGUGCAGAUUUAGAAUUUUAUUCUUUAUUAUUAAAUCUUCAACUAAUAUUAAUCAAUUUUUUUGAUACCUUUUACUUCAAUUUAAAAAAAUUCACUAAUUUCACCAAUUUAUUUGCUUAUUCUAAAAAUACUUUUUCAAAAUUUAAGCUAUCAAAUUUAAUUAAUCUCUCCUUCAGUAUUACCACUUCUAGUAAUAACAAUGUUCAUUAUACAAAAAUCUCCAAAUUCGAACUCUUUUUCAAUAUCCUAUAUAAAUAUUUUGACUUUUUUGAUGUAUUUAUUAUUAUGUUUUUAACGAUUUCCUUUUUCUUAAACGUAUUAAUCAACUAA